UUGUUUCCCGUUCUUCCCUGUUCUGCUCACUCUCUUCAUUCGAUCCGUCUUUCACUGCAGCUUGCCCUCAAACCUUUUAAAAUGUCCCCCCUUCUUUCUGAUUCGUCAGACACAAAAGAAUGUCCCCUUUUUGUCUCCCCCACUCUCUCUCUCUCCCUCACUCCCUCUCUCUCUUCUCUCCCUCUCAGAUUAGAUACACUGAUUCUUCACUCAAUGGACGGCAUUUAGCGAAGAGUCUUCCUUCAGUUGCUUCCUCGCUUCACUGUCGAUUUUCAGCCGUUCCUCCCUUAUGAAAUUUUCUUGUAAUAUUGAUAGUUUUGCAUAUUUGCAAUUAAGAGUCCAGGGGAAGAGGUCGGUAUCCGCUAACAUGCACUGGAACCUGGCAAAUUCAAAUUGACAGAGCUAGAACACAGAAGACGGAUAUGAGAAACUUUAAAUAAUAAUCUGAAAGACAAAACUGAAUUUUACAAUCAAAUGAAGCGCAGCAGGAUUUUUUACCGAAGACUGAUGGAUUAUUGUGCCUCGGUGGUACAUCUAUGAACACCGGCGGUGUCAUCUUGCCGUAGUGUUGUGCGGGGUUUAUUUUAUUUACUCUUAUUUGGUUUUCGUUGCUUAAUCAGGGUUUUUAUUUUUAAUUGUUUCCUCCUUAAUUUGCUCAAACCGCUACGCAGAUGUUAGUGCACAGUUUUUCCGCGAUGGAUCGUCAUGACGGUAGCAAUGGGACUGCCAGGAUAUCUCAGCUGGGGACCGUGGGUCAGACUCCGUACAGCGCCCCUCCGCUGUCCCAUACUCCGAACUCCGACUUCCAGCCUCCGUAUUUCCCUCCGCCUUACCAGCCCAUCUACGCCCAGUCGCAGGACCCGUACCACGACCCUUAUUCCCUCAACUCCCUGCACACGCAACCACAGACUCAGCACCCGGGAUGGCCGAGCCAAAGACAAACCCAGGAAACCAGUUUGCUGCAGCAUCGCAGCUUGCCCCAACUGUGCAGGGAGUACCGGAGAGAUGUUCUUCUGCCAGGGCACGGAAUCGAUUCUGGACUGACAGAUUCAAUCUCUAUCCAUGGAAUAUCUCAUUCUUUAGAAGAUAUGCAGCAUGUUGAAGAUCACGCCAUCACCAUCCAAGACCAAACUGUAAUUAAGAAAGGUCCUGUCUCUGUACCCAAGAGCAACAGCAAUGCCAUCUCCACCAUCCCCAUGACCAAGGAUGGCCUCUUUGGGGGCGUCCUCAACCCCAAUGAGGUGUUCUGCUCCGUCCCGGGUCGCCUGUCCCUUCUCAGCUCCACGUCCAAGUACAAGGUCACAGUCGCCGAAGUCCAGAGGCGACUCUCUCCCCCUGAGUGCCUCAAUGCGUCUCUGUUGGGAGGAGUUUUGAGAAGAGCAAAGUCUAAGAACGGAGGGAGGUCCUUAAGAGAAAAACUGGACAAAAUCGGAUUAAACCUUCCGGCUGGUCGACGCAAGGCUGCGAACGUUACGUUGCUGACGUCACUAGUGGAGGGCGAAGCUGUGCAUCUCGCCAGGGACUUUGGUUAUGUGUGUGAGACGGAAUUUCCAGCCAAAGCGGUAGCUGAAUAUGUAAACCGUCAACAUUCCGACCCAAAUGAACAAGUCCAAAGAAAAAACAUGCUCUUGGCAACGAAACAAAUCUGCAAAGAAUUCACGGACCUUCUUUCCCAGGAUCGUACGCCCCUAGGGAACUCUCGGCCACAACCUAUUCUGGAACCGGGGAUUCAAAGUUGCUUGAGUCAUUUCAGUCUCAUUUCUCAUGGAUUCGGGACCCCUGCCAUGUGCGCGGCCAUCACGGCGUUACAGAACUAUCUGACCGAGGCCAUGAAAGCUAUGGACAAAAUGUACAUCAAUACUAACAGCCACAACGAAAGCGGCACUAAGAGUGGCGAGAAAGACGAGAAGCACAGAAAGUGAUUAAAGUUUCCACAAAUAAAAUUGAACCUAAAUAUAUCCCUGCCAACCCUGGCUCUUGCGAUCUUUUUAUCACAUUCAUUUCAACUUUGGAAUCAUGGAAAGUACGACAUCUUCAAUGCAGAAUCAAAGAAUCAAACCGGGGGGAAAGCAAUGACCAAGACGGAGAAAAAAGUACCCAUCACUUUGAAGACUUUUUAUACACUUCCUCCCUCGUGAGCGGCAACGGACUGAUGUUCAGCGACUCUUCUAUAUCUCAGUUUAAGAUUGUAGCCAUAUGACAAGAAGAUAAAAGAGGAUGCAUUUUUUUUAUCAGUAUUGUGAAUAAUAAACUUGAAAAACGUUUUCCACAGAGUUCCAUGUCAUGACUUCAAUAGUACACUUCCACGCCAAGGUAAAGCUACCAGCUUGAACUUCUUGAAUUUCAACACGAUUCGCGAUUACG